UUGCGCCACAGGAGUAAGUUGCGCCGAGUGUCCUUAGUUUUGAGGUUAGCUCAUUUUUGAAAACCAUGUCCGCCGGCUUGGGUGUUAUUUUAGGACAAACAAAAAAUAUUUUGUCGUAUAAUACGAAAAGUUUGCUUCUGCGUUACGUCCAGACUAGCGAAAAUGUCAACGCUAAAAAAUAUACUGCUUCUAUAUUGUUGCCGCAAACAAAGUUUCCGAGUCGAAUUAACGGCAAGAAACGAGUCGAAAUGGAUAAAUAUUUAUUAGAGAAAUGCGGAUUCUCCGAACUCUAUAGUUGGCAACGGUCUAAUCUUUGUGAGCCUGAUUUUGUCUUGCAUGAUGGACCACCUUAUGCCAAUGGGAAUCUACACAUGGGCCAUGCCAUAAAUAAAAUUCUCAAAGAUAUAACAAUUAGGAGCAAAAUUAUUCGUGGUCAGAGAGUGCAUUUUGUACCGGGAUGGGACUGUCAUGGCCUUCCCAUUGAAAUGAAGGCUUUGAUUUCAUUAAAGGAGAAUGAAAGGAAGUUGACACCCGUUGAAAUUCGGCAAAAGGCUCAAAAAUACGCAAACGAGACGAUUUUGAAGCAGCGGGAUGUAUUUAUGUCAUGGGGUAUUAUGGCAGAUUGGAAAGAAUCUGGUUGUUACUUUACGCACCAUACGUCAUACGUUACAAAUCAGUUACGGCAAUUUAUAACCUUGUACGAAAAAGAUCUUGUGAACAGGGAUUUUAAACCAGUUUAUUGGUCACCGUCAUCAAGAACAGCUCUGGCAGAAUCUGAGUUAGAAUACAAUGCACAACAUAUAAGCAAGACUGCUACCAUCAGGCUGCUUUUGGAUGUUCUACCUCCAGCCCUGGAAUCGUUGAAAGGGCGCCCAGUCUACGCCCUUACAUGGACAACCACCCCAUGGACAUUGGUGGCCAAUCAAGCCAUUGCAUUUGCCGAAGAUGUCAAGUAUUGCGCUGCAGAGGAUAGUGAGAUGAAUUUUUACAUUGUUGCAGAAAAUUUACUGAAUGAAAUUCAAGAAAAAAUCGGAGUUCUAAAGCCAUUAAUAACGAUAACAGGAACUGAGCUUCGUGGAGGAAGAUAUGUACAACCGCUAACAGGUUUAAGUUCACCAUUUGUACCAGGAAGUCACGUUACAACUGAAAAAGGAACAGGCUUAGUGCACAUAGCCCCAGGACAUGGAAUGGACGAUUUUCUUAUUGGUUUAGCAAACAAAUUACCAGUGUUAUCAUUCGUGGACGAAAAUGGUUGUUAUACUGCCGAUGCAGGUUCUGACUUUGUUGGCUUACAUGUUCUAAAUGAAGGUGGCAAAGCCAUCUUGAAUAAAAUACAAAGUAAUGUGGUUCAUACUGAAAAUUAUCAGCAUAGCUAUCCAUAUGACUGGCGCACUAAAACGCCAGUUAUUGUAAGAGCCAGCAAACAAUGGUUUAUCAAAACUAAUGCUCUCAAGCAGCAGGCACUAGAUUCUCUGCAAAACGUUUCGGUGUACCCGGCAAGCAAUAGUACAUCUUCUAUCAAUGGUUUGACACAACAAGUCAAGAUGAGACCUUAUUGGUGUAUUUCUCGUCAGAGAGUAUGGGGAACACCAAUACCAGUUUUGUAUUACAGAGAUAGUGGCGAUAUAAUUACAAAUAGAGAUUGGAUCGAAAGGUUGUGUCACUUGAUGGGAAAAUAUGGUCUUGAUUGCUGGUGGGAAUUACCUAUUGAAAAAUUAGCUGGUAAAAAACUCUUACGGGAACUUGAAGUUGAUGCUUCUGAGUUGGAGAGAGGCCAGGAUAUUUUAGACAUUUGGUUUGACAGUGGCAUAUCUUGGUCCACAGUAUUACCUGACGGAAAAGCUGACCUGUACCUAGAGGGAAUCGAUCAAUUUACUGGCUGGUUUCAGUCAUCCUUAUUGACAUCCAUUGCACUCCAAGGUGCUGCUCCCUACAAGUCUUUAUUUGCUCAUGGAUUUGCAGUCGAUGACAAAGGUCAUAAAAUGUCGAAAUCAUUAGGGAAUGUGAUUGAUCCUGAAGAAGUUACUCAGGGUGGUGAAGAUCUAAAGAAAAAACCAGCUUAUGGUGUAGAUACUUUACGGUGGUGGGUAGCAAGCCAUGGCACUCAACAUACACUAGUUCCUGUUACAGAGAAGUUAUUGAAGGGAAGCGCAGAAUCCGUGCAAAAACUUAGAUUGAUAUUUCGUUUUCUCUUAGGUGCUCUGCAUCCAUAUCCUUGUGAUACUCCUAUAGAACCUGAGUACCAUUAUCUUGAUAAAUAUUUGUUACAUCAACUCUAUCAUUACGAUAAACGGAUUGAAACAUUGUACAGUAAUUACGAGUACCACAAUGCCUGCAAAGUUAUAACACAUUUCGUAGCAAAUACAGUAUCAGCAUUAUACUGUCAUUUGGUUAAAGACAGGUUGUAUUGCAAUAGCAUAAAUUCAUCUCAUCGAGCUGGUGCUGUAGAUAUUAUCAGCGAAAUACUGGCUGUUUUAACAAGAUCGUUAGCACCAAUACUUCCGCAUUUAGCAGAAGAGGUCUGGUUACAUCAUCCUGAUAAUCUCGCCUCUGUCCCCCUAUUUCAUAGUGCGCACAAAUUGCCAACAGACUGGGACCAACCGAGUAUAGCUAAGAUGAUCGAAAGUGCGUUAAACAUAAAAGCUGCAGUUACCAGACUUGCAACAAUCAACACUUGGGAAUUGGCAGCUACCAUUACGCUGAACCCAGCAGAGUAUUCCGUAAUCAGGGCGUUGCAGAAAGAUGAAAGUUCUGAGACAUCUCAACUAUGUGAGCUAUUCCAACUCUCUGCAAUUACCUUAACAGAAAAAGAUGGUAUCCAAGAUGCAGUAAUAGAUUUAAAACCAAUCCGAAAAUCACUGUGCGCACGCUGUUAUCGGUAUCCAGAACCACAACCAGGCAAACUUUGCGCACGUUGCGAUGAUAUUCUAAGUCACCUUUCAACGUAACUAAAAUAAAGUAUAUCAGAUAUUUAUAAUUUUUGUAUAUAAGAAUACAGUAUAUAAAAAAAUAGUUGACUCAUUGUGAAAAGGCUUAGCUGAUCUUACGGAACAAUACCUAAUUGCAUUCAAUAUCCUUUUCACAAGUUCAGUGGUUCUAGUCAUUGUAAGAAAUUUAAUAAAUACUCGCCUGUUUUAA